CAGACGGCCUACACUGUCAGUCACAAAUCAUUAAUCAGUUAUAGUUACUGUCGUCUGUCACUGUUGGAGAUGGACAUGAUGGUGUAUAAAAUUGAAAACAUACAAUUUUAUUUUCUAUCGUUUUGAUAGAUAUUUGUUGAACUGUAGAUAAUUGUUGUGUUGUUUGAUAAUUAAAAAAUAAAAUGACGAGGCAUGCUAGAAAUUGCACAGCAGGUGCAGUGUAUACAUAUCACGAAAAAAAGAAAGAUGCUGCAGCUUCGGGAUAUGGUACGCAGAGUGAACGAGUUGGAAAGGAUUCGGUAAAGAGCUUUGAUUGCUGUAGUCUCACAUUGCAGCCUUGUAGAAAUCCAGUGGUUACAAAAGACGGAUUUUUAUUUGAUAAAGAAGCCAUCCUGGAAUACAUAAUAACAAAGAAAACGGAAUACACACGUAAGUUAAAAAACUAUGAAAAGCAAUUAAAAAAGGAAGAUGAAGAAAAAAAGGAACUGGCAGAAGCUGAAAGAGAAGCAAAUUUAAUAAAAUUCAUGAAUAGAGAAAAGAACAUAACAAAUGGAGCAAAAUCAGAGGCAUCACAUCAAUCAAGCUCUCUUUCAAACCUUGCUAAUGGGAAACAUAAACAGUUGCCUAGUUUUUGGAUACCCUCACAAUUACCAGAUGCAAAAAUUUCUAAAUUACAAAAGCCAGAUCCUACAGUGUAUUGUCCUCUAAGUAGUAAACCUUUAAAAAUGAAGGAUCUUAUUGAAGUUAAGUGGACCUUAGUAAAGGAUCCAGAUGACAAAAAAUCUUUGAUAGCAAAAGAGAACAGGUAUAUGUGUCCAAUCACUCAUGAUAUACUGAGUAAUGCUGUGCCAUGUGCUGUUAUCAGAACUACAGGUCAUGUUGUUACCAUGGAGUGUGUUGAGAAAAUUAUAAAGAAGGAUUGGCUUCACCCACUCACAGGUGAUAAAUUGAAAGAAAAAGAUAUUAUUCUACUGCAAAGAGGAGGUACAGGCUAUGCACUAACCAAUGAUAAUCUUGAGGCAAAAAAUGAAAGGCCUGUAUUACAGGCUUAAAGAUUUAUGCUGCAAGUAAAUUUUGUAUUGUUUUCUGUCUUCAUAAUCUUAGAUUCUAUUUAUCUAAUAAUAAAGAUUUUUGAUGUUAGUAAGAAAAAUUGUUUGUUUUUAUGAAGUUAAUACUCUAUUAUACAGUCAAAAUCUGUUAUAACAACAUCGAAGGGACUAACAUUGUUAUUAACUACCUUAUACAAUAGAAUUCAGCCAGGACCUUUGAUUUUGGUCAAUAUAACCAGUAUGUUGUUCAAAACGAUGUCAUUGUAAAAGAUUUUGACGGUAUUAUUAAAUUGUUACAAUUUAAGUAGCAAAUUGCAACUAUUAUUGAUUUACAUAGAAAGUUAAUAUGUGGGUAAUACUUCUAAUAUAA